AUGCUGUUGGCUGUAGUGUUGUUAGUAUUUGUUGUUCUGGGUGCUUGGGUUCAUUGGCGGUACAAGAACAGAAAGCUGUUGGAAAUCUCUAAGAAAAUACCAGGACCACCAACUAUUCCGAUACUAGGCAACGCUCUUUAUUUCAUGUGCCGCCCUGAAGAAAUGAUAAAGAUUACUAAAGAGUUAAUCAAGGAGUAUGGCUCCAUUCUAAGGUUCUGGCUUGGACCUGAUUUAAAUAUUGUUGUUAGCAAUCCAGAUGACAUAAAGAUUUUACUAACUAACAACAAGGUCAGCGUAAAAGGUCCUCAGUAUAAAUACAUGUCAGAUUUAAUCGGAGUUGGUAUUUUAAGUGGAUCAGGGUCAAAAUGGCGAAAGCAUAGAAAAGUCGUUAUACCAAAUUAUGGAAAACGAGCGGUUGAAAGCUAUAAUGACGUUUGCUACAGAGAGGCUGAAAUACUUGUUGAUAAUUUAUAUAAAGUACACCAGGAUGGUGUACAAGAUAUAUACAAACAUAUAGUUAAAACCACCAGCUACAUUGUAUGUCAAUCGUUAAUGGGUUUCACCAGAGAUGAAACCUCAAGGAUUCCUUGUUUGCAAAAUGUUAUAGAUGAAAGUCCAAGAAAAGAAGCAUUAAAGAACAUAAAUGAAGAUGAUUUAGAAUUAUUAAAUUCAGAACAGGAUUCAAUGAGAAAUACAAAGUUAUCGGUCAUCGAUAGAUUGAUACUGUCCCAAGAAUUAAACGACAAAGAGCUGAUAGAAGAAACGUUCACACUAUUUACAUCUAGUCAAGAGGCAACCGCAAAGAUAACGUCUUUUUUGCUGCUCAUGAUGGCAUAUCAUCCUAAAUGUCAGGACGAAUUGUAUUCGGAAAUAUUAAAUGUCAUAGGCAAUAAUCACGGUCCAAUAAUUGAAGACGAUCUAAAGCGUAUGCCAUACUUGGAAAAGUGUUACAAGGAAGUGUUAAGGCUAUACCCUAUUGGUGUCAUGUUACAAAGGACUGUCACAGAUGACGUUGAAAUAAGUACAUGCACACUGCCAGCAGGUUCAUCUCUUGUUAUUCCCAUUUUCAAUUUACAUCGUGACCCAAGAUUUUGGGAAGACCCUGAAGCUUUUGAUCCAGAAAGAUUUUCAACAGAGAAUACGAAGAAACGGAACCCUUUCUGUUAUAUUCCAUUCAGUUUAGGACCAAUGGAUUGUCUAGGGAGAUUCCUUGCAGGAAAAUUCAUUAAGACCAUAGCAAUAACGGUGUUGCGAGAAUUCCGACUAUCAUCAAUAAACGAAUAUAAAGAUCUCAACGUGAUUAUGGCCAUAUCAGCUAAAUCUGCAAAUGGUUACCCCGUUGUUUUAACACCUCGACAACAAUGCAAUUGA